GCUAGCUCGAGAUUUAGAAAUAAAGCUCGAAUCGAGCCGAGCUCGAGCUUUCAUAUGUUAAACUAGCUCGAGCUCAAGCCUGGUCGAGCUCGGGCUCAGCUCGUUUGCACCCCUAAUUUAGACUACACGUGCCAGUUUUUAGACAGUUAUGCAUAGAGCUUGUUACUAAUUACGAAUUGAAACAAACCCGUAAUGUGUCUGUUGAGGAGACAGUUGGAAUCUUCUUGAUGACUUUGGCUCAUGGGUGUACGUAUAGGUUUGUCCAAAAAUCUUUUAAUCAUUCCGGGGAAACCAUUCAAAGACAUUUUCAUAAAGUUAUGACAGUCGUGCUUAAGAUGAGUGCUAACAUCAUUAAGCCAUCCGCAAACUAUAAUGAUGAUGUAUCUGAUCAUAUAUUAAAUAAUCCUCGGUAUUAUCCAUUGUUAAAGAACUGCAUUGGCGCUAUUGAUGUGGCACACGUAAGGGCAUCAGUUCGAUUGAAGGACCAAACGAAGUACAUUGGUCGAAAGGGAUAUGCGGCACAAAAUAUAAUGACUGUUUGUGAUUUUAAAAUGUGCUUUACAUUCGUAUGGGCUGGAUGGGAAAGUAGUGCACAUGACACCAGAAUCUUCAAUGAAGCCUUACGGAGGCCGGAGCUUAAUUUCCCACAUCCAAUGGGUGACAAAUGUUACGUUGUUGAUGCCGGAUACCCAAAUACUAAAGGGUAUCUUGCUCCAUACAAAGGUCAAACCAUUCGUUAUCAUAUACCUGAAUUUCGACGUGGACAGAGUAGUGCUAUGCGUGCUCCUCGCGGACCAAAAGAGACAUUUAACUAUCACCACUCGUCAUUGCGGAAUAUCAUUGAACGGACCUUUGGAGUGUGGAAAGCUAGGUGGGCAAAUGAGUAUUGUGAUGGCAUAGAUGGCGGUCCAUAACUUUAUUAGAAAGACCGGUAGGUUUGAUAAGCGUUUAACGUGGCCCAACAAGAAUCUUACAAUCCUCGCGGUACUAGUGAUGAACUUCAUGAAGAAGUUCCGUCUACAAAUUGUACGGAUGAUGAUUUUAUGUAUAUGACAGCGAUAAGAGAUAUUAUUGCGCAAGGUAUAAUGGAAUCACAGAGAAGAGUAUAGUAUGAUAUUAGUGUGUUAUUUGUGUGCAUUUUCAUGU